UCCAGCAGCAGCAGCAGCAGCAGUCCUCUGCUGCUCCGGCGAAAAACAGCCGGAACAAACCCGAACAAGCCAAACCAGAGAUGGCUCAGGUGGUGACGGACACCAAGACGGGAAGAUCCUACAGCAAAGGGAAGCUUCUGGGAAAGAUUACGAAUGAGAUUGAGCUGCACAGGACCCUGUCGCACAAGCAUGUGGUGAAAUUCUCUCACUAUUUUGAAGACCAGGAAAACAUCUACAUAUUCUUGGAGCUUUGCAGUCGAAAGUCCCUGGCACAUAUUUGGAAGGCGAGACACACACUGACAGAGCCUGAGGUCCGGUAUUACCUCAAACAGAUCAUCUCCGGCCUCAAGUACCUCCACAGCAGGGGGAUCCUGCACCGAGAUCUCAAACUAGGGAACUUCUUUGUCAACGAGAACAUGGAGCUCCGUCUGGGAGACUUCGGCCUCGCUGCCAAGUUGGAGACGGUCGAACAGCGAAAAAAAACGAUCUGCGGGACUCCAAACUACCUGGCCCCGGAGGUGCUUAACCGGCAGGGUCACGGCACGGAGUCUGACGUCUGGUCCCUCGGAUGUGUCAUGUACACACUGAUGUGUGGCAACCCUCCAUUUGAGACUCUAGACCUGAAAGAGACGUACAAAUGCAUAAAAGAAGUUCGGUACAACUUGCCCUCCACAAUCUCCCCUUCUGCACAGAGACUCAUCUCGGGCAUUUUACAAAAAGCCCCCAGCGACAGACUCACCCUGGACCAGAUCCUCAACCACGAGUUCUUCAAAGGCUUCACUCCUGACAAACUUCCUCCCAGCAGCUGUGUGAUGGUGCCAGAGCUCCAUCCUCCGAGCCCUGCCAAGAAAUUCUUCACUAAAGUCGCCAAGAGCCUCUUUGGCAAGAAGAAAGCUAAAGCGGAAAAGAUACCAAAUGAAGAAAAGGAUGACAAAGACAUUUCCAAGCUGGUGUCGGGCAUCGUCAAGUGUUCCAUCAACCGGCAGAUAAGCUACAAAACCGUGGGAUCCAAUGAGGUGCCCUCUCCCUCUGGUCAGCUGGUCAGCACUGUGCCUCUGGAGCAAACUCCAGCUGAGGAGGAAUCCAGAAAAUCCAUCUCUCGCUCUUUCAAGGGCACCAUGGCUAGCAGCAGUGAACCAUGUGAGGACGUCCUGACUCCCACAGCUGUCGCAGAAGCUGCCAUGAAAGUUCUCAAAAAUUGCCUGGCCACCAUGCCGAUAGCUAACAGAAACCCCCCCUGCUUAUCCAGGCCGCAGUCUUUCCUGUGGGUCACCAAAUGGGUCGACUACUCCAACAAAUACGGCUUUGGCUACCAGCUGUCGAACAAAAGCAUCGGGGUGCUCUUCAACGAGGGAACACAUCUCAGCCUGUGCGAUCAGCGCAAGACAGUUCACUACUGCUUGACCAACAACAAACACUUUACUUUCCCAACCCACUCGCUCCCUGAGCAGCUUCGGAGCCAAAAACAAAUCGUUGAACUCAUGGCUAAUUACAUGGAGCAGAACUUGAUGGAGGGUGGAGAUCUGCACUGUGAGGAGCAGCCCUCUGGUUCACCUCCUUUGCUCCUUCAGUGGGUGAAGACUGAUCACGCUCUUGUCAUGCUCUUCAACAACGGAACACUGCAGGUGAACUUCUACACGGACCACACAAAGAUCAUCCUGUCCAAGUCGUCGGACGACUCCCACUUGCUCACCUACAUAACCCGUGAACGCAUCUCCUACACAUACCUCCUCAGCAUGCUGAAUGAAACCGGCUGCACCUCGGAGCUACGUCACCGACUCAAAUAUGUGGUCCAGCUGCUCCAGCACCACACUGAUGCCUGAAACUGACACCUCCUUCCCAGGCUGAGUGGCUUCAGGAGCAGGAUGGACCAGUUGAACUUUUUAUUUCAAUUUUUUUUUUCCUUCCUACUUUUCUUACCCAGCCUGACGGGUUGAUCUCUCAAGGCGGUACAGAGGGCAAGUGAAGCCUGACUGAUGAAAAGCUGCUCAACUUGACUGAGUGAGAACAAUCGUUUCUGGACGACGAGUUUGAAUGACCUUUAGGAACGUUGAGCGGUUCUGAAGUUAUUUUGUUCCCCAAAGAAGCAGCUGCCUCCAUGGGUUUGUGCCUACCCAGAUUUAUGCCUGGAAGGUAUUGAUGCCUUGCCUGAAAGAAUGGAUUCCAGGAGCAGACAUAUUUUUCUGUUUACUCACUCGAAACUAAUGCCGUUUGGUGGACCYUUUGAAAGCCAAUGACCCUGCAGGUCGUCGGCCGGCAGCCGAUGAUGUAGGCACGGCUUCUCAAAGGAGUCUUAAACACUAAAACUGUUCAUAUAGAAAAAUAGCUUGCAAACAGAUUUUUUUUUUUUUUUUUUGUGGUUGAAAUGCAGUUCAAGUUAAAUCGUUUUAACAGCAAGUUCUUCCUYUACAUAAGACUGCAACUGUGACCUUUUUCAGCUGAGUUGCUUUCAAAAUCAAGGAUAGUUUGACUURAAAGAACCUCCUAUCCCUCAGUUGUUCACUGGCGUUCAUGGUACACACAUUCUUACUUUUUUU